AUGAACCCGACCGUCGUAGCUGCCGUCGUUCUCCUUUUUUCCCAACUUCAAGUGGCAAGAUCCGCCGAGGAUCGGUACGAACAAGCGAUGAUGCUCACGAACGCCGUGAUCGGAGAAGUCAAGAUGAUGGAGAAUAAGGACGCCGUGCAAGAAGUCGUUCUCACCGAUGAUCAGAUUCUUGAGAUGUACCCGGAGGUAAACAGAACGAGGCCGAAAGAGCCGCCCAUGUCGAUUAUGAGCGGAAAGAUUCCGGAUCAUUUGAUCAAGAAGAUGGCAGGUAAAGGGAAUCUUCAGUUCCUAGAACGUCUUCUGAAUUCAAUUCCAAUUUCAAUUUCAACUUCAGAUUACCUCUAUGGUCUGCUACAAGGAACUGGAGAAGUUGUGAAGCCCACGACGUCUAGUACAACUACUACUACAACCACAACCACGACCCCAUCACCAUCCACAACGACGUCCUCUCCAGAACUCCUUCCUUUCCGUCAGAUCAACAAGUUCUUCGACGAUUUGGCAGUAAUUCGAGAUGCGCCGAAAGUGGCGGAAGCGUCGAACUUUGUCGAAAUUCGAAGAAAGUACCCGAGAAGAUACGGACUGUCCCGGAAGAAGAGUGAAAGUUGUGGAGGAAGACGAGGAUGGUCAUGA